AUGUUUUAUAGUACAAACGUGCUUCAGAAAAAAGGUCCUCUCGGGACCAUAUGGAUCGCAGCCCAUCAUGAUGUCGCCAAGAAACUAACCAAGUUGCAAAUUUUGAACACAAACAUUUGCGAGACUGCUGAGCAAAUAGAGAACCCAGAGCAAGAGAUGGCCUUGCGAUUGAGCAGUCACCUGCUUGUUGGCCUCAGUAAAAUCUACACAAGGAAGGUUCAGUUCCUCUUUACCGACUGCAACGAAGCUCUCUCCAAGAUCACGCUGGCCUUCCGCCCAAGUAACGUUGACCUGGCGCCCGUGAGCAGCAAAGCACAGAUCAAGGCAAUCACGCUUGAAGACCCUGGGAUCUCGGGCAUCGACCUAGACUUGGAGCUCAACCUGACUGAUGCAGACUGGUUGGGUUCAGAGUGA